GAAAUUCAUCCUCAGUUUAUUGAUGACCUUAAGAAAGGCCUUUUGUGGGAAGUGGACUGUGCAGGUUGGGAGAGCCGCUGUGUGGUGGCCAGUUCUCGGAACAGUUGGCGAAUUGGUGACUGGAGUGGGCUCCGUGAAGUGGCACCAAGAUGUCUGAGAGAAAAGUCUUGAAUAAAUACUAUCCACCGGAUUUUGAUCCAUCAAAAAUCCCUAAGCUCAAGCUACCCAAAGAUCGGCAAUAUGUGGUGAGACUGAUGGCCCCAUUCAACAUGAGAUGUAAGACAUGUGGUGAAUAUAUUUAUAAAGGCAAGAAAUUUAAUGCCCGGAAGGAGACAGUGCAGAAUGAGCUAUAUCUGGGACUCCCAAUUUUUCGUUUCUAUAUCAAGUGUACCCGAUGUCUAGCUGAAAUUACCUUCAAAACAGACCCCGAGAACACAGAUUAUACCAUGGAGCAUGGAGCCACCCGGAACUUCCAGGCUGAGAAACUACUAGAAGAGGAAGAAAAAAGGGUACAGAAGGAAAGAGAGGAUGAAGAAUUAAAUAAUCCUAUGAAGGUGCUGGAGAACCGGACCAAGGACUCCAAGCUGGAGAUGGAGGUCCUGGAAAACCUGCAGGAGCUGAAGGAACUCAGCCAGCGCCAGGCCAAUGUGGACUUUGAGGCGAUGUUACAGCAGCACCGCGUGUCCGAGGAGAAGAAGCGCCAGCGAGAGCAGGAGGAGGAUCAGAGGGAAAUGGAGGCCAUGAUGGAACAGGCUCAGAGACGGCGACUCAUCGAAGACUCAGACUCUGAUGAGGAGCCCACCCUCACCCCUUCCCAGCUGCCCUCUCGGGGCACUCCCAGAGCUAUCUUAGAGGAGGUCCCUCCACUAAAAAAGCAAAAGUUGGAGAGCUGGGAAUGGAGUGUUGGUGCACUGGGCAGCAAGUCCAAGCUGGCAGGCCUGGUUGUGGCAAAGAAGGCAGCUGCCGAGACCAGCAGCAGCAAUGGGAAUGUAGUCUUGCCAUCUUCCAGCACAGGAGUGCCACAGAGUUUGAAAGAGACCAGCUCACCGCCCAGGACCCCCAGUGCCUCAUCUCUGAGCCAGCUUGGGGCCUACUCAGACAGUGAAGAUAGCAGCAACAGCAGCAGAAGCCUCCAUCCCUCCCCUUGGAGGGAAGCCCCAGAUCCUUAA